UCUUCAGUAAAGAUUUGGAUAAGGUACUGUUGCCGACACAUAAGCAAAAUCAUUACCGGAGAAGAUAUUCCGGUAGCCAUGCUCCGAAGAAUAGCUCUUUCAUAUCCGCUUCGUUCGCAUCCUCUCUUCAUUCGCCACUUCCAUCGCUAUUACCAGCCGCUGUCACCUUCCCAAACCGCCGUCAUCCUCUCCGGCCGCCACUACCUCCGCCUGCUAUCCACUCCGACCAACACUACUCUACGUUGUAUUUCUUCACAAACUUCAUCAGAUCUCGUCUCCGAGCAUCCUCCAUUCGUCAGGAUUUACAAAGACGGUCGCGUCGAGCGUCUCGCCGGCACCGAAACCAUCCCAGCAUCUCUAACCCCACAAAACGGCGUCGUUUCGAAGGACGUCGUGUACUCACCGGAUCAUAACCUCUCCGUCCGUCUCUUCCUCCCUCAUAGACCCACCGAACUCGUCACCGGUAACAACAACAAACUCCCGCUGCUUAUCUACAUCCACGGCGGAGCCUGGCUCAUCGGCUCCCCGUUCUCCCCCAUUUACCACAAUUUCCUCACUGAAGUCGUCAAAACCGCGAACUGCUUAGCCGUGUCGGUUCAGUACCGCCUCGCGCCGGAGAAUCCAAUCCCGGCGGCGUACGAGGAUUCGUGGUCUGCGAUACAGUGGAUCAUCUCUCACUCAAACGAGUCUGGUCCUGUGGAAUGGAUCAACAAACACGCUGACUUCAACAGAGUUUUCCUCGCCGGAGACAGCGCCGGCGGCAACAUGGCUCAUCACAUGGCCGUUAGAGCCGGCAAGGAGAAGCUUAACGCGAGGAUCAAAGGGACUGCGAUCGUGCAUCCAGCUUUUUGGGGGAAAGAACCGAUCGACGAGCUUGAUGUGCAAGACGGAGAGGCGAGGAGGCGAGUUGCUGAAGUUUGGGAGAAGCUGGUUAGUCCGGGUAGUGUAGAUGGGGCGGACGACCCGUGGUUUAAUGUAGUCGGAUCCGGGUCGGAUUUUUCAGGGUUGGGGUGUGAGAAGGUUUUGGUUGCGGUGGCUGGGAGAGAUGUGUUUGUGCGGCAAGGUUUGGGGUACGCGGAGAAGCUGAAGAAGAGUGGGUGGAGAGGAGAUGUUGAGGUGAUGGAGGAGGAAGAUGAAGAUCAUUGCUUUCAUCUCUUAAACCCUUGUUCUGAAAAUGCUCCCAGAUUCAUGACCAGGUUUGUCGAGUUUAUUACCGGGUGAUAGAGUAGUAGAUCGUGAAUAAAACUGUUUCUCGACCUCAUGUCUUAAAGAUUGAAAAAGUCAACUCUUCAAUCUUUAAGUUUGUUAUGCGACCACGUUUAAGAAAUAAAAUACAUGAGUUACUACUA